GACCCCGCCCGGCGGCGGCACCAUGAAGGUGGAAGCGGGGGACAACUCCAUGAUCAACCUGUCGGUGCAGCAAGUGCUGAGCCUGUGGGCGCACGGCACCGUCCUCCGCAGCCUCACGGAGAUGUGGUACUGGGUUUUCCUCUGGGCACUCUUCUCCUCUCUCUUUGUCCAUGGUGCUGUGGGAGUAUUAAUGUUUGUGAUGCUGCAGAGGCAUAGGCAGGGGAGGCUGAUAUCUGUCAUUGUGGUCAGCAUUGGAUUUCUGGGUUCUAUAACUGGAGCAAUGAUAACCAGUGCUGCAGUAGCUGGAAUUUACAGAGUAGCAGGAAAGAAUAUGGCUCCCCUAGAAGCUCUUGUCUUUGGCGUUGGACAGACAGUACUGACAUUAAUUAUCUCAUUUUCAAGAAUUCUUGCAACGCUUUGAGACUUGUGUAGAAAGGGGAGAGAAAAACGUCUUUAAUCUGAAGAGAAGCUUCCUGACAGUGAAUUCAUCAGCUUAUGAACUCGAAUUCUAGUGCAAGAGGAAGGAAGCUAUGUGGAAAGUGCACUACAAAUCCCGAGGCUCAGUCAAAUGAGCAGGCUGUCCUCUAGUGUUGGAACUGCUGCACUCCUGCACUGCGCCUUAACGUGCCUCUGUCACGGGCCAGGGGGGAUCCCUGUGGGAUCCAAGCAGAGAUGGAGCACCUCGAGCAGCUGCCAGGCAGGCCUGUGCUUGGUGGUGGCAUCACACUGUCCUUGACACCUUGGAAUGAAACAGAGGAGCCGUCCUGAAAGUUGCUCCGUGUGCCAAACUUGGGGUUCAGUUCUGAGCGGGUGGCUGGGUAAGCUCUGGAAUGUAGAAGAAUUCUGUGAAUGUGCACGAUUCUCCUUGAAUUCAGGUGAAAUAGCAAGAUAACUGACUUUUGUGUAUUAGAAGAAUCUCUCUGAAUGCUGAAUAUUCUUGUUCCGCAUUCAAACAACUGUUAGAUCUGUUUCAAUAUGUAGAUUAAUUUUUAUGGGGUUUAAGAACCACAACUUUAACAACCCUGAUAUAAUUAGCACUAUGUGAAGAAUGGCUUGUGGCAGUUGUGUUCCUUGGCACAUUUCUUCGUGAUUUUAGCCUGUCAGAAGUCAGGAGUUUAAGGUGACUAUAUGAAGGUUAUUAAGUACAAGCUGUUGUGUGUGCACAAACAAAUCUUAAACUGAUGUUUUCCUUGAAAUUACUUUGUCUUAAACAUAGAGAUGGCUACCAGCCCUUCUGCAAACCUCAAAAAAAGGGUACUCAUUGCAAAUAAACUCUCUAUAUUUAAUUAAGCACCCCUACAUGUAUUCUGUAAGGAAAACACAAGUACAACAAACUUUCAGAGAAUACACCUAUGAGGAAAAUGGAAAGGGUUAACAAUAUGAUAUCUUGGUUUUCUACUAAACAAAAAUAUUAAGUGUAAUAAAAUAGUUACCAUACUCCAAGAAUUUGUAAGUGGGGCAGCACCAAUGUAUUUACUACCUUGUUUCUGAACACUUUGUAUCUUUGGAAAGGUUAAGAUACCUGGAACUUUCAAGUACUUAGCUUUCAGUGGUUUGUGCUUUUCUAGUUUAAAAGGGACGGAGUGAUGUUGUGCAUGUGAAAUGUCAUAAAUGUGAGUGUUUGGAGUAAAGAGAAAUUUUAAGUCUAAUGAGUAAUUAUUUAUGAAAUACAAAAUUUAUAGGGCAUAAAGUUCUGUGAAGAAUAAGGAAUCUUUUACAUCUUUUCUCAGCUUAAUGCUUUUCAGCAGUUGUCUCAAUGAUGACAGGGAAUAAAUCACUCAAAGGUUUUGCUGCUAUGAUGUCAAAAAAACUUUUAAGACUGUCACAAACACUGGCACCUACUGCACACCUAAAAGAAUAUGUUUAAAAUAUAACUUGCAAUCCAGUCAUUUCUUAGUACUUUAAAAUAUAAUGAAUUAACCGGUCUGCCUUUAUCUUAUUCCACAUACAUUUCUUUAAAGUGCUAAGAAUGCUAAUAGCAUUUGUUUUCUUCAAAAGCAUUGAAGUCUUGUUUGGAAAACAUACAAGGUUAUGGGCUUUGCAGGGAACAAGUUAAAGUAUAUGUUUAUAGAUAUUUUCAGUGUUAUUUUUACUUUCAAUUUCUUCAAAAAUGGGGCUGAAUACAUAUACUGUCACUGGUUUUUAAUGUCUUCAAAAACCUUCCUGUGGUUUGUUUUUUUGUCUUUUGUCUUUUACUUUCUGCUUAUAAUUUUUGGCACAUGAUCAUUGCACUUUAAUAGACAAUGAAAUUAUGACAUCUGGAACAAGCAAUUGAAAUUUUCCCCAAUGUCUUUAAUUGUGAGAAAACUGGUUUCAGGUAUUUAAGUUAAAUUGAAUAAUAAAGUGAUUGAAGAUAUUUUUCCUAAUGUGCCUUGUUACAUAUAUGGUUAGGUGAGAGGAUUUUAAAAAAAUUGUCACAUCUUCAUUCUUGUUCUAUUUUGAUUAUUUCUAAUUAAUUUGGUUACUUGAUACAGCGUCUUGUUCAACAGAGUUUAAAACAUUUUAUUUGACAACCUGGAAAUGCUUGUCUGGAUCAAAAGCAAACACAUCACAGAGCACUGUGUUCGGUAAUUUAGAUUGUCUCAUGCCUUUAUCUCACACUGAAACGUAUUCACAUGUUCCAAAUUUCCUUGAACAAGUUCCAAAUUUCCUUGAACAUCUCAAUUCUUAAUUUUUGUAGGAGGCUAUUUUGCUGCCACUGGUCAAUGGCUGGCUGUCUUUCAUUGAGUUAAAUUACAGUAGACUGCUGCCAACUGAUGAGAUACAUGUGCUUGUACUGAUGAACUUUAUUCUGCAUUUUAAUUACUGUGCCAAUGAAGUUGUUGCCAUUGUAACUCUCCCCCUUGGACAAGGAGGCAUCGUUGCAGGUUUUAAGCUACCUUUCUCCAAAUAUUUUUAUUGAAUAGGUUCUUGUGUUCACUUUUAAAAUGUUGUUGUGUGCUUAGUUCUCUCUGCAUUGUAUGGCAUUAUUGCCUGGCAACAAGGGAAGGGAGAUAAUGUAAUGCUUAAGUGGCCUAACAGAGACAAGGCUUUAUUUGACAGAAGUUUGUUUUCAGCUGUUUCUUCUGAGGAGUUUAGAAUGAUGAAAAGUUUGUCUGUGAAGACUUCUUUGAUCACAGCAUGAACAUACUGCUUAAUAAUUCCAGCAAUGAAAGAAAGUGUAAGUGGCCUUAUGUCUGCAAAACUUGGAACUUUCAUUCCAUAUCCCUAGAAACAGUGUUGUUAAGCAUAAGAUGCUUUAGUCAGUGUUUGUGUGUGUGUCUGUAUCCACCUAUAUAUAUAUGUGAAUGGUGGCUUUGUGGAGUGUGUUUUAUACCUGUCACACGCUAACAACUGAAAUAGCUUUUCCAGUAGAAAACAGAAUUACUUUAGCUAGCCUCUCCUCCCCCUUCCCCUCUAAAUAAAGCUACAAAGGCAUCUUGUGUGUGAAUGGCACUGAUGGUACCCUGGUUCACCCUUGGACAAUGCAGUGUUGUCCACACAGGAUGUUUUAGCACUAUCUUCAAUCAGCUCUGCCUAUCUCUGCAUUGUUUCAAAGAUACAAUGCAGAGACAGGCAGAUUCUGCACAUUCUGCACUGUGCAGAACAGAUAAUGCAUUGACACAGUUAAAUAUCUGGAAGAAAGUGGAGUACUGAAUAUAUUAUUUAAUGUGGAAAAGCUACUGUUUUUUUAGAAGCUGCUGUUAUCAAAGAUUUAGGCAUUCCACACACUUUCAAUUUAUCAGUAUGAUCAUAGAAUUAUAAAAUACCAGGUUGGAGGGGACCUCAACGAUGGUCUGGUCCAACCUUUCCUAUCAAUAGCAUGGUCUAGAUAAGGUAGCCCAGCACCCUGACCAGCCAAGUCUUUAAAGUGUCCCAUGCUGGGGAGUCCAACUCUUCCCUGUGGAUUUUGUUCCAAUGGUGUUAUUCCAGUGUCCAACUGGAAUAUCACAAAGUAAUUUGUACACAUGAGCCCUCAUCUUUUCCAUGUGACUGCUUAUAAAAAGGGAGUCUCUUCUUCUUUGUGGCCACCCUUUGAAAAUUGGAAUAUGGUGAUAAAGGCUCCCUUAAGCCUUCUUUCUUCAAGGCAGAAUCAACCCAGUUCUUUGCCUCUCCUCAUAUGUCAGGCUUCCCAGACCUUUGAUUAUCCCUGUGGCCUUUCUCUGGAGCCGUUCCAGCCUGUCCAUGGUUUUGUGUGUUUUUUGCACGUCAGGGACCAAAGCUGAACACAGAGAAGCCAGUAUUGCAGGUGUGGCCUGUCAGGUGGCUGAGUGAAAUUACUGGGAUUUUAUCUCUGGUGGUGAUGCCCUUGUUGAUCCAGUCCAUCAUGUCAAUGAUCCUGUUGGCUUCCUUUGCCAUAACAGCGCACUGCUCACUCACAUGGAGCUGCUUGUUCACCAGAACCCCCAGAUCCCUUUCCACAGAGCUGCUCCUCAGACAGGUCCGUCCCAGCCUGUGCUGCACUCCUGGAUUGUGUUUUGCCAAGUGCAAGAUCUUACCCUCAUCCUUGCUGAACUUCCUAAAGUUCUCUGUACAUCCUAUCAAUGUCCUUUUAGUUCUCAGUGUGUAUUUUUCUGCUUUUCUGUCUUUGGUACACUUCUCUUCGGGAUUUCAGCAAAUUCAGGUUCACAUUUAAACCAAGGAGGUCUCUUGCUCUGCCUCUUUCCUGACCUUAAAGGGGAUGAACUGUUUUAGUGUUUCCAGGAGACUGUUGGUGAAAAGCUCCCAGCACUUUAUCCUCCAUAGCAUCCCUUCCCAUGGGCAAUGAGCAGAGUGAAGUUUGCUCUUCUAAAUCUAAAAUGUUUGUUUUAACACUGACCUUCAGCAUGCUCAGCAGGAUCCCAGUACUAUGACCAUGGCAGCCGAGGUUGUCCCUGAUUAGAAUUUCACAAAGCAGGCUUCCUUGGCUUGUGAGUAGCAAGUCCAGCAGUGCCUCACCCUUGACUGGCACAUCUAACCAUCUGUAUUCCAAGUAUGUCCUCUACAUGCUCCAGAAAUGUGAUGGAUAACAUCUGGGAUGCUGUAUUGUUUUUCCAACAAGUGUCUAGACAGCCAAAAAUCACCCAUAGAACCAGGUUCUAUUGACCCAAAGCUUUCUUAAGUGACCCAAGUAUUGUUUAAUUGGUGUUAUUUCCUUGGUUUGGAGGUCAGUAGCAGAUGCCUGCUUGGAGAUGACCUCUCUGACCUUGACUCAGGCAUUCAACUGAGCUUCCACAAUCUCCGUAGGCAUUUAUUAGAGGUAGUUGCUCUUUGGGUUCUCAUCUUGGGAAGCAGCUGAGGAACAUUUGACACUGCUCUGAAUGGCUUGACUUAUUCCCCAGAUAAAAAAAAUUUGGUUUGAUUCAAAACCUGUAGCAAUGUUUCAGGAAAAAAAUCUUCAAAAAAUUAUUGUGUUUAGAUUUCUGGGUAAUUUUGAGUUUAUGGAACUGAGCUGUGUCCUGUGGCUAGCCAUGACUUGCUGUUGACUUCUUUUUUUAAGAAACCAAUAAAUUUAACCAGUUUUGAACAUUCAACAUGGAUGUGAAGCUUGUCUAAACUUGUUUAAAGCAGUUUGCUAUUUUUGAAGUACACUUCUGUGAUUGUGAUAAAGAAGAUGGUGUUUCCCUCUCAACAUUUUGUACAUUGCUAUUUAUUUUGCUUACAAUUUGUAUUGGAGUUCUGUUGUGGGAGCCACAUAUAUAAUGCCAUUUGAGCAGAAAGUGUAGUGGAGUCUGAGCUCUAAUAAGAACAGGGUCUUUUUUGUUUUAAGUUAUGUAUUUCAUGCACUAGGCAUAUUUUAAUAAUGCAUUGCCAGCAUUCAAUCUAAGUAUUUAUAUCAUGAGCAUAUUAAAGUGGAUGUUUUUGUACACAGCCAUCCAACAUCACGUGUAUAAUUCCAGAGACACAAUAGUGCUGCUUGGUGUAGUGAGUUGUGGAUUAAUCAGUUAGCCUCCCUCCCCAGAAAGUCUCUGACUCCAAUAAGGCCUAGAAAUGCAAUUGUGAACCUGAGAAUGCUUCUCCGUUGCUCUUCUGUUUCUAGAAAUAGGUUUGUUUUAUUGUAUGUUUAUUUCAGUUAAUGGGAAAAACAUGGAGACUGGUUACUAGGAUGACAACUGUAACUUAUCUAAUUCCAAGCAAUUUGAGACAAAAUGAAAUUCUGAAUAUUGUUAAUAAGUUAUGAUGGAGCAUUGUUGUUAUUAUAUUGCAAAGGUUCCAUACUGCUAGAUUUUGGUACCUCCUUGAUGUUUCUCAUAGGCAGCUCCUCUAAGCACUGACUCUUCCUCUUCUCACAGUAUCCAGCUGACUCCAGUUCUCCCUCAACCACCCAACCCACUCUUUUAUAGCUCUCUUCUUCUUAUUGGUACAGCUAUGGCCUGUUAGAGUCAGGCCUGAUCCUCAUCUCUAAUAAUUGGCUCAGCUGCAACUCCUUAGGGGUAAGAUUACUUUCCAUACUGCUUUUAUUUUCUUAUAUUGUAUCCCCCUACAGAGUAUUACAUACUCAAAAAUGCUAAAGCAUAACUCUUUUUCAGAGUUACCAAAAUUUAACAUACAAUUGCACCAGCAUAUGGGUGGGAUAGCUUUUGAAUUAUAACUUCUUUUUUAGUCUUUAGAUUGGGAGUAGCCCAAGGUGGAAAGACUGUUCAAAUCCUCAGCUGAAGUAAUAAAUGUUCUCUGACUACACAUGAA